AUGCGCAACACUUUGCUCAUUGCUUUAUUCGCCGUGGGGGCCCUCGGUGUUCCAAAUGUGCCCGACUAUAUCAAAGCUGAGAAGGACGACCUGUGGGUCUGCGAUGACAACAUGAAUAAAAAGGGCUGGGACAAACUUCAUAUGGACGAUUGGGUAGAGCUAUUUGGAAAUGCCUGGCCACACAGUCUAGGUGGCAGAGAUGCAGACAAGUCCAAGCCCUACAUCAGAUACGUAGCGGACCAGACCCGGAACUACGGCUCAAUCGACUGCGAAAUUGGAAUCACCUAUUCUUGCGACAUUACGGCCAACCGUCAUGACUGCCGAGCAAAAGGGAAUGGAAUUACUCCCGUUGCUUACUUCCAUUUAAUGGCAAUGAAGCGUUUCUCGUAUUUCGCGCAAUCCCUGGGAGAUGCUAUCGAUAGCGCCGGCUCAACAGUGAUCAGCAAUGCCGCCAGUAUCGCAGCCAAGUUCACCGACCACGAUAUUAGCAAAGAUGAUCCCAGCUCAGCCUUCAGUAUUGCAGGUGGUGUCUUUGGAAUCCUUGGUGGGAUCCCUGGCAUUGGGACAUUUGCAAAUGCUGCAGGCGGUCUUGGUGGUGUACUCAGUCUGGAAGGGACCAUUAUGGCCCCGGCGCAGAGCGCGGCGGCUUUGAUCGUUCAAAAGGAGGUCCACGAUAUUGCUAAGCUGCAAGCUAGUCUAGAGAAGAUCAAAGAUAACGCAAGGGACGCGGUUUGGAAAUGGGCCAACCAGAUUAUCAACGAUCCCUUGACGAAGAGGCCUAUUGAUGAGUCGAAUGGCUGGAUGAAGUUGCUGAAGGGGGGUGCUUUUGCCGACAACAUUCAACAGAAUUGGAGAAAGAAUUUCCAGAACCUCCACAGUAUCACUAAGCAAUUCAAUGUGUUUGCUAUCAGUGGUAGCUGGCAGUUGGAUCAAAUCUUCGUUGUCAAAGCGAAGAACAUCAACGGUGAUCUCACCAAGGAUUAUUCUAAGGCCAAGCUGGACCAGUUUGAUGGUGUCUGUGAGGAUGGUGACUGCUACUUUUUCGUUAGGGCUCAGUCCUUCCAGAAUCUCCUUGAUGGUAAGUGGCAGACUGUUAAAGGCUUGGAUAGCUUAAAGGACUAUGGCCUGAAACCCAUCGAUAUGGCGAAAGGUGCCGAGUGGUAUAAGAAGAUAAAUGGUGGGGAUAUCACUACUCAGCCAGCUGAUCUUCUUAAGACCUUGCAAAAUCAGAAGAAGUCUGCGGGUAAGCUUUGGGUGAGCUUGCCUUUUAUUGAUUAUGAUGAGGAUGUCAAGUCCACCAGCAAGAUUUACCAUGAAGGCUCUGGAGCCCCAAGUGAUCACUCACACUUCAUUUCGACUCUGGCGAAUUACAUUCCCGAUGUUAAAAACUGGCCAUAUGAUAACGAUCUGUCUACUAAAUAG